CUGCGCAUGGACUCGGCACGUGAACGUGACGUCAGCGCGCCCGCGCCGCCAAGCCUAAUUCCCUGGGCUUCUGCUGGGUCCUGGUUUUGGCAUAGUUGUUUUGCGCCACCGGUUGCUGCGUUUGGGGUCUUUUACUCCAGGCUCCUGGGGCUUGGUCUGCGACUCAACGAUGUACCACAACAGUAGCCAGAAGCGGCACUGGACUUUCGCCAGUGAGGAGCAGCUGGCGCGACUGCGGGCCGACGCCAAUCGCAAAUUCAAAUGCAAAGCGGUGGCCAACGGGAAGAUUCUUCCAAAUGAUCCAGUGUUUCUUGAGCCUCAGGAAGAAAUGAUACUCUGCAAAUACUAUGAGAAAAGAUUAUUGGAAUUCUGUUCAGUGUUUAAGCCAGCAAUGCCAAGGUCUGUUGUGGGUACAGCCUGUAUGUAUUUCAAGCGUUUUUAUCUUAAUAACUCAGUAAUGGAAUAUCACCCCCGGAUAAUAAUGCUCACUUGUGCAUUUUUGGCCUGCAAAGUAGAUGAAUUCAAUGUAUCUAGUCCUCAGUUUGUUGGAAACCUUCGGGAGAGUCCUCUAGGAAAGGAGAAGGCACUCGAACAGAUUUUGGAAUAUGAAUUACUUCUUAUACAGCAACUUAAUUUUCACCUUAUUGUGCACAAUCCUUACAGACCAUUUGAGGGCUUCCUCAUUGAUUUAAAGACUCGUUACCCCAUGUUGGAGAAUCCAGAGAUUUUGAGGAAAACAGCUGAUGACUUUCUUAACAGAAUUGCGUUGACGGAUGCUUGCCUUUUGUACACACCUUCACAAAUUGCCCUGACUGCCAUUUUAUCUAGUGCCUCCAGGGCUGGAAUUACUAUGGAAAGUUAUUUAUCAGAGAGUCUGAUGCUGAGAGAGAAUAGAACUUGCUUGUCACAGUUACUAGAUAUAAUGAAAAGCAUGAGAAACUUAGUAAAAAAGUGUGAACCACCCAGAUCUGAAGAAGUUGCAGUUCUGAAACAGAAGUUGGAGCGAUGUCAUUCUGCCGAGCUUGCACUUAAUAUAACUACGAAGAAGAGGAAAGGCUAUGAAGAUGAUGAUUAUGUCUCAAAGAAAUCCAAACAUGAGGAAGAAUGGACUGAUGACGACGUGGUAGACUCUUUCUAAUCAUUUGAAGAUGAUUUGUCAAUGCCAACUAACCAACAGAAAUAGGAAGCAGAUCUGGCAUUUAACAUUAUUUAAAAAGUAUAAUGUGAAAACAUCAAACUAUAUUAAACUUUCCUAUUUGUUAAAUUUUUUUCCAUUCACUGUAGUUUUAUGAAAAAUAUCUUCAAAAUAGCCAGAAUAGUACCUGGUUAAGAUAAUCUUUUAACAUCAAAUUAGUUGCUUUGUGAUAGUCAAUUAAAGCUGUACUUUAUUUGCCUAUAUUGUUUUUUUAAAUGUGAUAUGUAAAUCUAUCCUUUGUGAAAAAAGGCACCACAAAACCCAAAACUCAGUAGUCAGCUGUAAAAAUGGUAAGGAGGCUGGCCAGUCCAGUUAGCUCAUUUGGUUAGAGUGCAGCCUUUUAACACCAAGGUCAUGGCUUCUGAUGCCCAUACCUGCCAGCCACCAAAAAAAAAAAAAAAAAAGUGCUAAGGAAUGUGUUUUGUCCUCUAGAAAUCUUUAUAAUGGCUUUUCAAAUGCCAUCCUGAUAUACUUAGCUAUUCAUGUGUUACUACUUAACUGUAGAAAGUAUUUCAACUGUUAUAUGGUAUAGAAUGCUAGUUAACCUGAGUAAAGAAUGUAUAUUUCCUUCAAUUAGUUAUCAGAAAACAUUUCCAAAAGGGUUAAAAAAAUUUGAGUAGAUGUUUAGAUAAUCUUAAGUCAUUAUAGGUAAGUAGGUACUAGCAAAUUAUAUAUUCAGUUUUAUAAUUAACCUAUUAGAUCAACUAUAACUGAAUCCACAUAGGUGUUAUAGUUAGUAGGAAUUUUUAGAUUAAAUAUGUCAAAGAAAUUUAAUUCAGAUUGAAAUGAGUUGAUAUAAAAAUAUAAAAGCACAAACUAUGGCACCAAAUUAUUUAGGUAUGAAUUACUUCAUUAUGUGACCUUGGUAAAUACCUCUGUGUCCCAAUUUCCCAAGUUGAAAAUGGGGAAAAUAAUAAUGUGCAGUCCUCAUAGGAUUAAUUAGAAUAGUACCUGCAUAUACAAGCGGUCCAUAAAUGUUAGCUAUUGUAGUUGGAACCAAAUUGUGGAUGCCAAAUUUUUUCUGGAAAACUGGCUGAAGGGAAUUCUGAGAAACCCCACUGCUCUGAAUGUAAGUAAUUCGUAUGAAUACACCACACCACCUCAGUGCAUCGAAGGCAGCACAUUCCAUUAGGGUAGGUACCAUUUUAACUACAUCUUUAUAUAUGAGGAUAAUAUUUACUAUAUGCAUAUUCAUCUCUCUUAAUUCUUUAUAUUAUAGGCUGACUUUUUUUGGAUUUUUGUUUCCUCCUCAUUCUGGAAUGAAAGCAGGGUGGAAGAAGCCAAAGUUUAAAAUUCUCCAGUGCAGUCCAGGUUAAGUAGCAUUGCUGCUAGGCUCUAGACAGAAUUUCAAAAUGUUCACAAUUUAUCUCUUGUUUCCCUUUCAGAUCUCUUAAACUUUGGCAUCAGAGCAAGGUCCACAUUUACCUUUGAAAAUUUUCCCACUCAGCAACCUUAAAAAAAUUGAGAGAUUUUAUUUCAACAUUGUCUAGCUAGUUACUGCAGGGCCUACUAAAAUAAGUGACAAACAUGUCAUUAAAAUAUAAAAAGCAGGAUAAGUUUUUCAGGUUUGUGUUUUUUUGAUAAACGAAAAGGGAGUAGCAUUUUAGGCGAAAGAAUGGCAAACAGGAUAGUAUGGCCGAAGACUCAGGUGUGAUUAAUGGGAGGGAACCACGGUGCCUAGUGCACUACAACUUGGAGCUUUUUGCCUUUUAAAACAUUUUAGGAGAUAGAUAGCACUAGUCCACAUCCCUUCCAGUCUAUCGUCUAUCCUGUAAACCAAGGAAAGAGACCAACUGGGACACUAUUAUGGUAGUCCAGCCAAAAAGCAGGAGGAAUGGAAAAGAGGAAGGAAAGUUAUAUCAUAUAGAGAUAAGAAGGGACAGAAUGGAAUGAUAUCAAGGAAAAGGAACAGAGGAUAUGUUGAGUUUUUUGGUAUCAGUGUUGAACUAUAAUUGAAUCUACAUGAGCUUAAGCUGCUUCCAUACAAAUAAUUGCCUUUUAUAGCAUAAAAUUAUAUUCAGCAGACAUCUUUAAACCCUUGAUUAAUAUUUUUUUCCCUGUAUUUUAUACAUUGGAGAAACAGAAUAGUGUUGCUUUUGGAAUAUGGGCCUUUAGAAAUUUUUUUCUUAUAUUAAAAUAUCAACUCAAAUAUAAUAGAAAAUUUUUCUUUACUGUGGGAACUGGUUUUCCUAAUACCUCCCUUGGUUCUUAUUUCACCCAAUUUGAUUACUGAUGAUAUUCUACCACAUACUUUUCAAUGUCUUGUCUCCCUUGGACAAUUAUGCAAGGGAAGGAAUUGUUAUUUAACAAAUAUAUACUGAAUGAAAAAAUGAAAUCCUUUCCGAAAGAGACCAUUAGUAAAAAUACUGAUCUCAGAUUUCUUCUCUCUGAGCCUUGCUCUGGUGCUAAAGUUUGAACUGCCCCUGAAAGAGGAAGAAAAUAACAAAAUUAAAUGCUUAGCUAUAUUUAGACAGAAGUAAUCAAUUAUGCAAGAUAUCCCUUGGUUUUAUUUUUAACUUAAACCCUUGUGAGUGCUUCACAAAAAUACACAUACAAGAAGCAAAUAAAACUAUACAGUCAAACUAAAUAUCCAGCAGAUACAACAAGUAGUCAGAAGUUCAAAGAUGGGUAAGUUAAGUGAAUGAGGUUGUCUGCAUAAUCAAAGGGGUAGCACAAAAAACCAAUUUGAAAUUAAUGAAUGGAUACUUUUAACAAAAGCAUUCUAGUUUUUUUUUUUUACUGAAAAGAAACUGGUAUCUAUAAAAUGGCUGAAUGGGCAACAUGCAUUGAUCAGUACAAUGACCAAUAAUAUUUAUUGAAUUCAAACUAUUUACUGUUGUAAACAUUUAACAAAAGCAUUAUGAGAUCUAAAUACAGUUUUAGACAAUUCCAACAAAAUAAGUGGUAUGUUUAAAAAAUAAAGCUGAUGAACAAUAGAUCCAUUCUAUAUACUUUCUUCCACCAGUUCCAGCAAGAGGAAUAAGCACAGUAUUUUUAAAAAGUAUACAGCAAAGAUUGUUCCUAUUAUAAUGACAAACUGUAAAAAAGUCACUGAACAGUCAUGGUCAUAUUCCUAAUCAGGAAGAAGUUAUAGUAAGAACAGUCUGUAAUCCAGUUAUAUCAAUUAUCAAUAGAGAAUGCCUUUUCUUGUCAGUUGAUUCCAUAGUUCUUUUUCCAAGAGACAGCAAAACUUUGGCAAUUGGAUAUACUGAAAAUAUAUUUUCAAAGUUCAAGAUACAGUCAUAACAUUUUGUUUUGUGAAAGUGAUCUGUACACCAAGGCUCAGAGGUUGGUAAAGAUUGAUUCCAUGUGGAAAAAGUGCAAAUAUCCUGCACAGAUAGCUUACAAAGUUGCUGGCACAGUUAUUCACCAGCAGAAUCUUGGGUUUUGUUUGCAUAGCUCACACAUCACUGGAAUGUGGAAAGGUGUGCUAUUUUUUGGCAAGAGCAAAGGAGAUGUUAUACUCAUGUGAAUUACCAUACUGGGCAUGCUGAAUCCAUGCAGAACACUGGGGCGAAGUCUGCUACCUGACAUCAUUGGUUUUUGUAUACUGGUUUUGUUUUUGUUGAAGCAGUUCUGUUAUAGCCAGAAGCUUUUUCAGUACGUGCUGGACAGAAGGAAAAAUGGUAUGAAAAUAAUUAGUAAAUAAAUGAAAGCUUGGUCAGAAAUUUCAGGAUGGGAAACUUGGAUUUGAAAAAAGCCAUAUCAAAGCAAAAGAAUUCAUAAAAUAUUACCAUUCCACUCAAAGCAUACAAUUGUGAGGUUCUAUUAUUCAGUCCAUAACUGAAUAUUUUUGGCCAUAACCAAGAUAAUUUUUGU